GUUUCCAUGCACGGAAAACUACGGAAAAUGUCGUAAUGUCGUACGGAAGAUUCCGAGUUAGUGAAACACUAAAGAUGGCGACCGCCAGUUUGUUUGGCGUUUAAAAUAAAUGAAUUAGAACUAUGUUUUUAUUUAUUUUUUGAAAUGCAGCUAAUUGAAACGACGUGAGAGCCACAUAACGGCUACUGUAUCGGUGAUUGAAAAUAUACAGAUGUUUUUGGUUUAGAUGAGUUUUUCAUCAAGUUAGCAGAAACUGACUUCAAAGAUGGAAAAUCAGUUAGUGAAAGAAAGCAUUGUCAAAGCGCUAGUUCCUAGUCGAAGAAGUGUGCGCCAGUCAAUGCGCAAUAAGAAAUAUAAAUUUGACCCUUCAGAUUUAAAGCCUAAACCACGAGCAGUCAAUAUUAAUUCAUCAACAAAAACCCUUCCUGCAACUGUUAGUAAUGAAAAGACAGAAGAGUCUCUUCCCAGUAAAUCUAAUGAUGUUGCUGUCAAAUCAGGUCCAGUUCUUCCAAAUGGUCUGGGAAAUGUUUCAAAUCUUUUUGCUAAUCUUAAACCAGGCAGCAAAAGAAAUGCCUUUCUAAAAACUGGAAUAAAAUUUAGUAUGAGGCCUCGAAAAAGAAGUAGUAAACGUUCAAAAUCUGUAGCAGCGCAGAUAGAACAAACAAAAGAUGGCUGCAUUGAUAUGACCCCAGACUCCAUUUUAUGUAAAACAAACAUGAAGGGAUUGAUAAAUUACAAGACAUUUAAUCAGUUGCCAGUGGAUUAUCAACACAAGCUAGUGACUUUACUUCCUCAGUGUGAUCAAAUCCCUGUGGCAAAUUCCACAGACCUCAGAUUAAGCUCCACUGCCCUGAAUAAUGAGUUUUUUGCAAAAGCAUGCAUGGAAUGGAAGGACAGACUUUCAGAAGGUGAAUUCACAGCAGAAAAUCAACAGCGCCUAAAGUUAGAUGAAGAAAAGGAGCUUAAUAAAAUGGAUGCUUGGAAGGCAAAACAUUUUGAGCCUGUAUGGGGUCACAGUAAAAUUAUGUCAGAUGUACCAAAAGCAACAGGGCCUUCUCCGAACAAGAUCAAUUCAUCGCAUGAAAGUCAGAUAUCCAAAACAAAGCCCAUGAUGAAAUCUAACAUGCGGGUCUCAUCUAUGAUUCACAAACGCUCUUUAACCCGAGCCAUUCGAGCUAGUGUAGAAAGCUCUCUUCCGGCAAAGAAAAAAUUUGCCCAAUCGAUUAAUGAUGCAUAUGAUGUAGCCAAUAAUCAUUCUCCUGCUGAUGGGGCCUCCUCCUGCUCCCCUAUUCAAGCAUCCAGUUCAUCUGCAUCAGAGUCUUCCCCUAACUCAACCUCUUCCUUGUCCAGUAACAAUUCAUCUUUGGAUUCUGUGAUAGCAGCCAGCAGAGAAGCCUUAGCGAAACAGGUGGAGAAACUAAGAUCAGAAGACAGGACUGAGAUAUUGGGUGUUACGCCGGCUAAAAAGAGGAAAUUGUCAGGAGCAUCAUCAAUAACUACAAGUCGGCCUACGCAGCAAAUGCAGGCUACUGCAAGAACUCUGGCCCAAGUCAGAGCACAGACUCAAGCUGCUAAGAACAAAUCACUAAAUGUCUCUUCACCCAGUAAAGUUGCAACAUCUGAUUCUGGUUCUCCAUCGUCUACUAGCUCAUCACAGGGUAUUACUCGCACUGUUACCAUGACUUCCACAGGCAUUAUAAUAAAAACUCAGGGACAAACCAGAACCCUAGCCCAAAUGAAAGCCCAGACUCAAGCCACCAGGGCUGUUUCUUCUGUGCCCACUGGUCCAACGCCACCUGCUCAAAACAAUCAGACCAUGCGCAGUUUGUUGUCCAGUGGCCCGCUUAACAAACCACCAACGCAGACUAGAACACUUGCGCAGAUUAAAGCCCAGACACAGUCAAGGGCUCCAAUUCAACCUCAGGUUCUCAAACCACCUCUGUCUGCUGUUACAGAGGCCAGCAAAGCUCAACAUGUUCCAAACAUUUUGUCCUCUUCAGCCAGCAGCAAGAUGAGAGCUUCCCCUGUUUCUCUUGAUCAGCAAGCAGACAUUAACUUGAAGAGAUCUAUGCAGAUUUGUCAAGCUGAGUUGGAGAAAAGUUUGAACAAAACAGCCGUUAGUGUUAAUGCUAAUUCUGUUCAGUCACCGAAGACUCCAACUCCUCCCCCUCUGCAAGUUACCUGUGCCUCAAAAAUUGUAUUUACUCAGCCACAUACAGGACUUACUAGUGUAAGUAACGGACGUGUUGUUAACAGUCCUUCCCCUCAACAUCAAUUUAUCCAGCCAGUGUCUCCAGCUAAGACCCCAUCUCGCUCAGGAACACCAACUACUCUUGUAGUGAACAGGGGUAGAAUUUCUCCAGCUAUCCCCAAAUUCGUUUCACUUCCUGGGAGCACGGCACAAUCAUUAGAAACUACUGGUAAUAAGAUCAUUGUUGUGUCUAACGUGUUAAGUCCUGUUAAAGACACUCAAAACACAGUUUACUUGCUCAGCACUGCUACCACCCAGGAUUUGUCUGGAACAACUAGACUCUCUCCAGCAACUCACUUACCAACCAGCGGAUGUGUUUCUCCUGCUGAUAAUUCUAGCCUGACGCAGAGGAAAAUUAUCACACAGGAUGCUCUCCGUGCAUUUUUAAAUGCACCUCCUCGAGCAGCUAGUGCACCUCCAAAUAAUCCAGACUCAAAAGUAGAUACACCCACUACAGCAGCCAUAGUAAGGUCUGCAAGUGUUGGUAAUAAUGGGAUUCUUCCGCCUCAGUCACCUUCUUCCGUAACAUGUUCGCCUUCUAUACCAUCGCCGCCAACACACCAAACAUUCACAGUUUCUUUGGGUGAUCUACCUCAGGGCAUAACAAUUCAGAACUUUACAAAUCCUUCUGGGCACCCAGCUGGCAAUAUUUUCAUUCCCAAUAAUCAAAUCCGUGUGUUUUCUAGGACUUCCUCUCCAGGAGCAGCUUCUCCUGCUCCUCCGCCAGCUUCUCCAUCCAAUAUAUCCGCAAGUUUUUCUGUACACAAAGUGGACCUGUCUGCUGGCACACCUACUAUUCCAAAUCCCAUACCUCCUCUUCGGUUUUCACCAUCACCAAUUGUAGCUCCAAUGGGUAAUGCUAGUCAGACACUUGCAGGGAAAAAACUUAGCACAGCACGAAUAAUACAUGUAUCUGGACCAGGGAAAAUGUUACCAGUAGUAACUCAGCUGUCCAGCCCAGUCAAACUUGGAACUGUUACUAUUCCUCCUGUAAAAUCAAGUGUUGUUACUAAUGUCCAGCAAGUGAGACCAGUUAGGUCACCUACAGUUCUCAAUGUUCAAACCUGUCAAAUGUGUCAGCAUCAUUCUGGACUACCAAAUGACCAGAGCUCAGAAGGCAGUACUUGUGCAUGCAAUCAUAAAGCUAUGGUGGUAUGUAAAAAGUGUGGCGCUUUUUGUCACAAUGAUUGUAUAGGUCCAUCUCGACUCUGUGUUACAUGUUUAGUAACAACUUAGCACUCUUUGUUAUUUUCCUUGUUUAAUAGCAACAUAGCAUUCUCUUGUUAUUUAUUUGUUAAUUUAUUAAAUCAUUUAAUGGAGGGUUAUUAAAACAAAAUAAUUAGAAAAUCAGUCAGGUCUAGAAAUGGGUGGAAAUACAUUACUGCUUUUAAUAUAGUUCCAUUAAAUGAAUGUUUGUUUCUUUGUUUUGAUUUCAAGUUUUUAUUCCUAUUUUUGUGCACACUAAACUGGAUUUCAGAUUUGGUUGAGAGAGAUUGGUUUCUACAAAGCACUUCAAUGGAGUUUCACAUUUUGUUACUAACUUUUUUUAAAAAUAACUAUUAGUGAAUAUUAUUUUGAAAAAUUUUUGAGUGGUUAUUUUCUUGAUGCUAAAAAUAUUUCCCUAUCUUUUUUUCCUUACAUUUUUAAGUGAUAGUUUAGUUUUAGAAAUUCAGUUGUUACAAAUGAAAAAGACUCAGUUUACCAAAAUAUGUUAACUUUGAAACCUGUAAUGGUUUGCUAAAGCAAUGUUAAUUUGAAAAGCUCACUGAAUAAAUUAAUACUUAUUACUUUUUAAUUCAGCAUGUUAUCUAUCAUAUAAUCUAAUACAAUGUUUCAUAUAUUUCUAAAAAAAAAACAACAACAGAAAGGCCAGUUCAAUUAUCACAAGAUGAAUGGCUUAUAAUAUGGAUUAGGAAUAAAUAGACUAAAAAUUGUAAAGGAACACCUAAUAACUAGAGUUCUUAAGGAUAUCUUUUAUCCAAUAAGUCAAACUGUUUGAACUUAUAAGCUGAAACUAAAGCUGUUUAAAUAACUGUUUUUGUUUUGUUUUUGUUCGAAACUUUGAAAUGUUCACAUUGGUAAGAGUUUCUUAUGUUGAAAUUUUCUUUUUCUACAAAUAUUGCCAACAGUGAAAAUAAAUCUACUGUCUGUUUUUAAGAGUUGACAAAUAAUUUAGCCAUUUAAUUUUGUAAUUGAAAAAUCCCUGUCUACUCAUUUUGCGCAACAUGGCUGUGAGUGCAUUUAAUACAAGUAAAACUUUUUUUGUCUUUUCUACUAUAGAAUACCCAAAACAUGUGUAAUUGGAAUCUGGUAAUAUUGUUGUGUCCAUGGCAAGGAUUUUGUUAAAACCAUUACAUAAACAUUUUUAUAACCAGUUUUAUGUUUCUUAACCACAUGAAAAUAUCUGUUUCAUGUCAGGGGAGAUUCUAGCAUAUUUUCACAUCAUUGUAGAAAAUUUUCAAUUAUAAGUACUACAGUCAGUUAGAUUUUAUGGGAUACGGUUGGUUUAGCUAUGGUUCAUUUUCACCUCCAUCUCAAAUAUUUUCAAAAGAUAGUGACACUGAUCUGUCAUAUUGUGAACUGUUCCUUGUGGAAUUAUCCUCAGGCCCAUUUCGAUAUUAUACUGACAAAGACAAUUUUUACUAAAGGCAUCUUUCAACUUGUUUUUACUCAGUCGCAUAAAGGACUUCCUAGAAAGAGUUGCAAAAUGGUCGGGCACCGUUCUGCACAAUGGGCGGCAAGCUGUUUCCACUAAGAUCUCUCACUGGCAAUGUCUGAAGCCCAAUUAGCAGGUUAUUCUUGAACUUAGAAUUAUUUGAUUACCAGGCCCGAGACCUACACAGAGGGAAUAAAUCUUUACUAUUUACUAUUUAAAUGUUUUCUUAACGUGUACCUAAAAUCUUUGAUGCCAUACCUAUGUGACAUGCAGCAUAUUUAUAGUUCCUUUGCUUUAGUUAAUUUUUAGUUGGCCACAUCUUUUAAGUAACUGUAAUAGCUCAAAUGCAGUAUUUUUCUUCUAAGUAAAUAUGUUUGUUAAAGCUAUUCUUUUUUUAUCUUAUUAUUUCAGUUUUAUAUAACUUUUAAAUAAAAUUCAAGAAUUUUGUAUAUGGAUAAAUAUAAUGCUUUAAAAUCAUUUCCACUGAAAGAUAAGUUUUUCAAACAUUUUGGUUCACCACUAUUUUGUUUGCAUAAUUUUGGUUUAAUAGGAUCACCCACAGUUCUAUGGACGAUGUCUAUCACAGUUUUAUUUACAUCAUGAAAGUAACUAUUUAGCUUAAAACCAACCUUAUUCACACUUAGCUGGGUUUUCUUUUUCUGCACCAGAAUACUUUUUUUGUGUGUGAAAUAUAUAUUUUAAUAGGACAGCAAAUGUAUAAUGUAAUCUUUAUACCACCUAGACUUCAAGAUUCUUAAUUUAUUCAUCUAUUCUUUUUUUUUGGGGGGGGGGGGGAUCAAAUCUGCCACUAAUGUGCAUCGGUAAUCUGUGCCUUGAAAUGAUUCAGGACAUAAGUGUGGGUAAAUUUUUCAUAUUAAAAUAAUGCAGCUAGUUCUCCUGAGCAGGGUCUGAAAUGGGGGUUGGGAGAGUGUCUCUUCCCCACCAUGUGAUAAGUCUGGGCAUUAGUGAAUUAAGCAAAGAAUGUUUCUCUGAGCUUGAUAUGAUAUGCAAUAUUUGUUCAUUGAUCAAUAUGUUUCAUCCUGUCAACAACACAUUUUUAAACAGACUGUACAUACCAGUUUGAAAUGACUAGCAUACAUUAGUGCUUCUUUUUUAUUUUGCUUUGGGAGAUAAUUGAAACUCUUGUGUUUGAAUAGUUUUUGUUCUAUGAUUUCUUUUUUCCCUAGGCAUUAUCUUUGUUUGUUUGACCAUUGGAGUCUGGUAUAAAAUUGUAUGUCUACACUAUAUUUGUAUUUAAUAACCCAAAGCCAUUUACUAGCUUUUAGGUGUUACUGGUAAUGUCUAGCCUCAAUGUGCUUACAUAAUGACAUCUUCUUACUCUCCCCUUAGGAUUAAUGAAACCCUUAAGAGAACCGUUUAGAGUAUAGAUACACAACUUUCUAAAGUAAAGUAAAUAUGUCUAGAUGCAGCAAUAUUUCAAGUGAAAUGGAAUAAUGGUCAUUUUGAAUUGAUUUCAUAUGCAGGAAGAGGAUUUUAAUUUUUAAAGUUAUAUUUUUUUGACUGCUUAUGCAAAUUAUGUUUAUUAUGUUAUGGAACACUAAAAAAAAUAUUUUCCCCCCUCUUUUACAAAAUUAUUUAAAUAUGUAUAAUAUAGAGUCCAACAGGAUCUGUUUCUGAUACCUAUAAUUUUACUCAUAUUUGCAUACAAGACAUUUUAGCAUCACUGAAAAAAUAGAAGAAGAAAUUAAAAACUUUCAUUAACUUUCAUUCUUUUAUUUUAUUCAUUGAGAUGUACAGAUUGUUACAAUACACAUUUCUGAGUUUUAAGUAUGUGUCAUUUUAGAUUCAUGCUUGGUGGAAUUUUGUUUCUCUUGUUGUUUUCAGAGAUAUUUUAGUUUUAGAAAAUCAAAAUAUUCCUUUUCAAUGUUAAAAAUGAGUUUUCUCAAGCACUGAGCUAGACCUUAAACAACAAAAACUUUACUCUAGCUCCGCUGCUCUGUACUAACAAAUACUUUGGUCUCUUUCUCAUCUCUACAUUUGUAUCUCUACAUUUGUGUUUAAGUUAGCAAGAAUUUUUAAUUCCCUUGAUUGUGCAUUUUAUUUUUUCAACUGAUUUUUUCUUCUUGCUAAACAGAAAAAAGAAUAUUUCAUACAUUUCAAAAUUAAUGACUUUCCUUCAAUGAAUAAAAACUAUUAGUGCUGACUUUAUGAUUGUAAUGAUUGUAAGCCUAGCUUUUUUUUUAAUACAGUUGUUCACUUCAAACACAGUUGUAUAAAUGUUACUGCUUAAUACUAAAGUAAUACUUCAUCUGAUGCAAUAUUGACUAUCAACAAAGGAUGAAGUUUAUAUUUUUUAGUAACUCUUAAAGUUUUGUUUAAAUUAUAUACUAACACAUCUUUGUAUGAAAUGUAAAUCAGUGCAAUGAUUUUUCCCCCAAUAUAUUUUUCUUCUUCAUUUGUUGUUUUUCCUUCACCUAAGAAUUUUUAAUGCUUAUGUAAAUGUUACUUAAAAUUUUUUUCAUUUAGCCAUACUUACUGUGUAAGCAAGUUUUUCUGACCAAUUGUACAUUUUGUAGAUACUGACUUACUUUAAAGGUCACUGUCUAAUGUUGUCUGUUUUCUUAAAGGUGCUGGUGUUGUUUGAAUCAUUGAUAUAUAUAAAUAUAUCUUUGUAGCUGGACAAUAAUUUGGUCAUUUUGUUAGAAGAGUAAAUCAUUUGUACACAUCUAUUUGUUUUGUGAAACUUUUUAGCUCUAGGGCAACAUAACAACAACUUGUGUGAUGGUGGCCCAUGAAUUAAAACAAAAUGUGAAAGAAAUGUUUUCUUGAAACAGUCACAUUUUAGGUUUUAAGUGAUGGAAAGAAAUCUAAAAAUAAAACAUGAACUCAAACAACUCUGAACUAUUAGUUUUGUUGACCUCGGCUUUAGGUUUUGGAAGAAAAAAAUGAAAGUGUCCAGUAGUCCUUGUUGCAUUAACCAAUUCAAAUACAUUUUAUAGAAUCAGAAAGCUUUUUUUUUUUUUUCCCUUUCAUAGAAAUAAAAUAAAAUGAUAUUAAUCACAUAAAGUGCUGAAUGAAAUGUCCCCUUCAUUCAUGCGAGACAAUAAAUAGGCCCACAUAGUUGACUUGUGUUGAGUUCAUCCACAUGAUAAGUGGCACAAGUUGCCCAGAAUGGCCAACUUUGUCAUAUUAUCUCCUGCAUGUAAAUGUUUCAAUCUAUGGCUCUGUGCCAGGACAUCUUUCUUCUUGUAUAAGGUUCCCUAAGUCCUUUCACUUUCUGUUAGGGUGCAUUCACAUUCUGUCAUAUCUCCAGGGCCGGUCCUAACAAUUGCGCGGCCCUAUGCGAAACUGAUAGUGUGGGUGGGAAUAAGGGUAAUAGGUGAAAAUUAAGAUUUUGUAUCAGAAAAUAAAUUUGACUUUCAAUUUUAUUCAUUCUUUGCUAAGUACAUAAUUGCAAUCAAAUUAACUUAAACUUUAUGAACCUUGCAACCUACGGUAUAUUGAUAUGCCAGUGACUAUAAAAGUAAAUAAAGUAUUGGAACUUCCGAUUAAGGUGAAAUUUUGCCCGAUUGUUACAUUUUAUUACAUGAAAGCUGACAAUGCCUUUUUUCUUUUAUUCGGCGUGGAUUGGCGUUUUCUGCAAUGAAUGACACCCACAAAUGACAAUUUUGUCUAUUUUUCAGAUUUUAAUAAAUUUGGGAGAUUUCCAGGAAUUUUUUGUAUAUAUUUUUCAAUUUGAUAAUUACACUUUUAAUUAGCACGGGGCCUAUGAUAGCGCAGGGCCCACUGCGACCACAUUGGUUGCAGUGGCCUAAGACCGGCCCUGCAUAUCUCCAUUCUGACUAAACCUUUGCUAUUUUCUCCAACAUUUGUUUAUAACAUUUUUUUUAUUUAGCUGUUAAAAUAAGAUCUUGUUUAUUGACACUGAGCUUAACAAAUUUCUUUCAGAAUUAUUUCAUCUGACAAGUGGCUGACAUGUCUAAGCCAAUGCUGUUUAUAAAUUUAAUUAAUUUGGCAAUUAGUUGUGAGUAGACAUUUUCAAUACUGUGUUUGUUAUUUGCCUGAAAAUGUUUCAUUAUCAUUUUUUUUUUCAUCCCUAGUAAUUAAGUUUGUUCAUCAUGUCUUACCCAUUAGAGUUGUGGUUUGUUUUUGUAUGUGAUUCACUAAAUGUAAUGUUUCUUUUCCGGGCUAUACUUGUGUUUGAUAAGAAAUUCUACGUUUCUACCCAUCACUUAAUAAAAUGUGACAUUGUUAUUACUAUUGUAGUUUACUUGUGUAAAUAUUUUCAUUUUUAUUGGAUCUAUCAAUUGAAAGUUCACAAGAUUAAUGCUGAUUGUUUCUAUGUAUGCAGUUUUGUACAUAAACCAAAGUUUUGGUGUCAUAUAGACAUGUAUGCAAAUGGAAUAAUAUAACCUCCUUACCCCCGCCCCAAACAUGUUUUGUUCUUCUUCAGAUCAUUCAAUAAAUAUGUUCUUUGCAAUACAA